UCUUGGAGGAGCCGAAGAUGGCUCCGCGAUGCUCUACAGCGGUUCGUGUAUGCGUCAAGACCUCAUCUGUCAAGACCUACAUUUGUGUGAGAAGGAGCUGAAAUAGAGAGAGAAACGCAGACGCUCAGUCCAAUUGGAAGCAGUGCGCGCGGCGUGUUCUGUCAGAUAUAGACACCGAGCAGCCAGCCAUGGCUUCGUCCACUGACGAAGAAUUUAAAGAAAAAUUACUAUGGAAUGUGAAACGAGAGGUGAAGCAGAUUAUGGAGGAGGCGGUCACAAAGAAGUUUGUGCACGAAGACAGCAGCCACAUCAUAGCACUUUGCAGUACUAUCGAGGCGUGUCUGACCCACAUGCUGAAGCGUCGUGCGGCGGGCUUCCUGCGUAGCGACAAGAUGGCCGCCCUGUUCACUAAGGUGGGCAAGGUGAACGCCACGGCAGCAGAGGUGUGCCGCCUGGUGCAGGAGCAGCUGCAGCAGCAGGCAGAGAUCACCAGGAGGACCCCAAGCACAGCAGGCCAGCAGGAGCCCCUGCGUAGGCAGGGCUCAUCGGCGGGCCGCGGCCCCCAGCCCCUCUCAGCACAGGCCCUCAAGCACAUCUGGCUCCGCACCGCACUCUUCCAGAAGGUUCUGGACAAGAUCGUGCAGUACAUCGUGGACAACUCCAGUAAGUACUAUGAGAGGGAGGCGCUGAUGCACGACUCAGUGUUUGGCCCCAUCCUUGCUGCUCUGCUGGUUGGUCCCUGUGCACUGGAGUACACCAAACUGAAGACCUCUGAUCACUUCUGGACGGACCCCUCGGCCAAUGAGCUUGUCCAGAGGCACCGUAUCCAUGGCGCCCACCGAGGACAAGAGUCUUCCCCCAGCCGCAGGCCCACGCUCGGGAUCCGCAAGAGGCAGUCUAGUGGGAACAUGACGGAGGACAAGUUUGCUGCUUCAGCGCGCGAGUAUGUGGAGUCACUUCACCAGAACUCACGGGUACACCUGCUCUACGGCAAGAACAACGUGCUGGUCCAACCGAAGAAGGACAUGGAGGUUCUGCGAGGGUACCUGUCUCUGCACCAGACUACGGAGACCCUGACUCUGAAGUGGACCCCCAACCAGUUGAUCAACGGCACUCUGGGGGACUGUGACCUGGACAAGAGUCCAACUAAAUGUUGGAGUUUUAGUGUCCAGGAAAGUGUCAGGAUUGUUCCAGGGAAGAAAGUAGGGUGUCCAGCAGGAUAUACAUACAAUAUCCACAUACAAAGUGUGUAUUGGGACUAUGCCCUGACUGUGCCUUUACGACAGAUCGUCUGCAUACACUGCCACCAGCGACCGGACUGUGGUGGCACCCUGGUGCUGGUGAGUCAGGACGGUAUCCAGCGCCCCCCCCUGCACUUCCCCCCCGGGGGCCACCUGCUGGCCUUCCUCUCCUGCCUGGAGAACGGCCUGCUGCCCCGGGGACAGCUGGAGCCCCCGCUCUGGUCCCAGAGGGGCAAGGGUAAAGUCUUCCCCAAAUUGCGCAAGAGGAACAGCACAGCGCGGCUGGUGGAUGGGGACGGGGAGGGAGAUGAACAGGUGGCAGCAGACUACGUGUUCCGCAUCGUCUACCCCGGACAUCGACACGACUCCAUCACUAUAAACUACCACCACACGACGGGCAGUCGCGCGCCCUCUCUGGAUGACGAUGAGGAGGAGGAGGAUAGACUCCACGCUAUGAUCUCAAUGAUCUGCUCGCGGAACCUCACAGACCCUAAUGUCAUGAAAGACCACUCGGACAUGUCUGAGUUUCCGGGGUUGGGUGGCAGUCCUCUGUCCUGGCAGCAGGGGGAGAGCACAAGUCACCUGUCCUCCUGCCUCUCCUGCUCUACGGCGGGCAGCAACACCUCCUUCGAGCUUCCUUCCGGCUGCACCUGCGUACACGACCGGCAACCAUUGAAGAUGCUGUGUCAGAACAUGAAGAGGCAGAUUGUGUCCCGAGCCUUCUAUGGAUGGCUGGCCUACUGUAGACACCUCUCCACGGUACGGACGCACCUGUCAGCGCUGGUCAACCACAACAUUGUGCCGCCAGACAAACCCUGCGAGGCCUCGGGCGGCCUCAGUAAAGAUGUCUGGAGCAAGUACCAGAAGGACUGCAAGAACUAUAAAGAGCUGGAGCUGUUGCGGUUGGUGUAUUACGGAGGGGUGGAGCAUGAGAUCAGGAAGGAGGUGUGGCCCUUCCUCCUUGGCCACUACAAGUUUGGCAUGGGCAAAAAGGACAUGACACAGAUUGAUGAGAAAAUCACGGCACGCUACCAGCAGGUGAUGCGCGAGUGGAAGGCAUGCGAGGUGAUCGUCAAGCAGCGUGAGAAGGAGAUGCAGUCGGCCAUCUUUGCUAAGUUCUCCUCGGGGAGCAGCAUCGACAGCCACGUGCUGCGGCUGGUCCACCGAGACUCCACACUCAGCAACGAGGUGUUCAUGUCGGUGGACGAGCCGGACGCGGGUGGCCAGGACACCCCCGGUGGGCGUGGGGACAGUGACAGCACCCCGACCCUGACCACGGUGGUGACCCCCGCAGCCUUGGCCCUGGACGAGAGGCCCCUGGUGGAGUUCGACUCGCCAGACUCGGGCCUGCCCUCCUCCCGCAACUACUCGGUGGCCUCGGGCCACUCGCAGAUCCUGUCCAGCAUCGAGGUGGAGGAUGGCCAGAGCAUGGAGGAGGAGAUCAGUGAGGAGUCCCAGUCGCAGUCGCACUCCCAGUCCCUGGCCUCGCAGGACGGGGGGGCUGGCAGCCGGCAGGACUCGCUGUCGGAGGACAGGCUCAGCAUCGGCACACCGGUGGACAAGCCAGAGACCACGACAGUGACAGCUGGGGCAAAUAACAGCACAGGAGGGAUACCGCCGUCUUUCUCAUCCUAUACGAUUGAGCUGCUGGACACGGUGGCGUUGAAUCUUCACCGGAUCGACAAAGAUGUGCAGCGAUGUGACCGCAACUACCAUUACUUCACCACCAGCAACCUGGAGAAGCUACGUAACAUCAUGUGCAGUUAUGUGUGGGAGCAUCUGGAGAUGGGCUAUGUCCAGGGCAUGUGUGAUCUACUUGCUCCCCUGAUGGUCAUCUUAGAUGAUGAGUGCCUGGCCUACAGCUGCUUUACACAGCUAAUGAAGAGGAUGAGUCAGAACUUCCCCAAUGGCGGCAGAGCCAUGGACACACACUUCGCCAACAUGAGGUCUUUGAUCCAGAUCCUGGACUCAGAGCUGUUUGAGCUGAUGCACCAGAAUGGAGACUACACCCACUUCUACUUUUGCUACCGCUGGUUCCUGCUGGACUUCAAAAGAGAGCUCCUGUAUGAGGACGUGUUUGCCGUGUGGGAGGUGAUAUGGGUGGCUCCUCGAAUCUCCUCUAAGCAUUUUGUGCUCUUCAUCGCUCUGGCCCUGGUGGAGGUCUACCGGGACAUCAUCCUGGACAACAACAUGGACUUCACGGACAUCAUCAAGUUCUUCAAUGAAAUGGCAGAACGGCAUGAUGUUCAUCAAAUACUCCAAAUCGCCCGCGAGUUGGUGCACAAGGUUCAGACCCUCAUCGACAACAAGUGACCUAAGAAAGGAGGACUAGCAAGACAAAAACUGAAUCAAGACGAGGAGGAAGAGGGCAGAGGCUAAGAGAGGAGGCUGGGAGGACAGAACAUGAACACCCUAAUGCCUCUGCAGAUAGCAAACCUCAGACAGGACAGUAUCUUCCUCCUCUCGACCAUGGUGGUCGACCCUGUCUCGUCCCCCCAACUCCUGCAAACUUGACCGAAAUCGCUGACGUCACCCAGACCACUCCCAACACCACGCCCCUUCUCUGUCCCUCUGGAGCAGAGAGACCCACCCGACAGGGAGGGGAAAGGGGGAAGUUGGUCCCCUGAUCUGGCCCAGGAUCAGGUAAGGUAGAGAGGGGAGGUGCCCGAGAGCGGACUACCCCCUCCAAGCCCCAGUACUUCCAGUCUUAAUACAUACGUAUCUAUUGCCUGUCACAGAAUGCUGUUGUGUCAGACCGUUGACUCGUCUGCAUGCUUGAUGCGUGAUGCUUGAUCACACCGUGACUGACUGAUGUUCUCGAAGCUCUCUCCACUCCACACAUCCAGCAGCAGCAGCAACAGCAACAACACACACACACACACACACACACACACACACACACACACACACACACACACACACACACACACACACACACACACACACACACACACACACACACACACACACACACACCAAAAGUGUGCAAACAAAUACAGUUUACACAAAGAUGAGGCACAUGCAGUACAUCCUGCUAUCAGGUGGAUCUGAUCACUUUAAACCUUUUGUAAUGACUUGCGCCUAAUGGUAUGGCCAACACAGAGUUUUCAUGAGCAAAAACCUUUGACUCUUCCUACCUACCUACCUACCCCCAUUAUCAGUGGAUCACAAGUAUUAUGCCUGUCUGUGAGUGACGUUUUCACAGAACCGUGGGUGGUCUUGCAGAUGUUCAACAGAGUUAAAUCUUUUAGACUGCAAAAGUGAUGUGUUUUUACUCAUGAUCCGACUCGAAGGACCACUGGGUAUAGACAUGGGACAUCACCAUUCUCGACUAACUUGACUAGCUGUUAGCUCUGUUAGCCACGAAGAAAAACAAGACUGUCCGUUUUGUGACCAAAAUGACUGUGCCAAUAUGUUGACGAUGAUGAUGAUGACAUUUUUGUCAUGGUAUUUGUAUUCCAUUAUGAAUGCGCAAAACCCCCGUAUCCUUUUCUUAACAAACAAAAACAAAAAAGAAAGGAUCAAGUUAUUUUCUUGCCCUUACUAUUGUUGUUACCUGCAAAUCCUUUUCACUGCCAUUAAUGCCCAGUAAACACAUACAGUACUAUGAGUUUAUGCUGCCUUAUAGCUGCAUUUUACUACUAUUACUAUUUGCACUUUGGCACUACUGCCCCGGCAUGCCCCAGUGAAGCCUGCAGGGAAACCAAUGGCAGGUGGAGGGGCUCAUCCUUUAGGCACACAGCUUCCUUUUUAAUGCCAGGACGUCCAGGUAACCUCUGACCCCUAAGCCUCACCCCUUUCACAGAAGCUCCUCCUCUGGGAGGAAUUGUACAGGAAGUGGCCCCUGAUUGGUUCCAAAAAGGAUUCUGUUCUGGUUUUUUCUGUUCUGCAAUGCAACAGGAUGUCACCAGUGCGUAUCACAAAUACAAAAAUAAACCAACAUUAGUACGGAAAAAGCGUACUUUAUGUUCUACAAACUUUGAGUGUCACCAAAAUGAACAUGAAACAAAGUAAGUCCAUACUGUCUGUAUAUUUAGUGAAUAUACUGUACAUAUACAUACACUCUCAUAUUUGCAUGCAAAUAUGUGUCUGCACCCCAUUUGUCCAAUUUGUAAGACAAUGGAUUGACACAUUGCAAAGUAAAGAGAUACAUUCUUUCAAGUUUCCAAUUAAGUUUAAAGUAUCUUUUCUUUAUCUGUUAGCUUUAAUUCGAGAAUUAAAUUGUGAUUGAAAAAAAAAACAUUUACUUGCAUGCAUUUCAGCAAAAACUGGGCAGGUGGAGGUGUCUUGAAAAUUUGUCUGUGGUAGUGUGUGUAUAUGUAUAUUUCUAUUCACAUGUAUAUUUCAGAUCUUUACUACACUGGUUUCUGAAGAAAGAAUAAAGUAAAAAAAAUAAAAAUAAUAAUAAUUAAGCAUAUAAUUCUCUAUCGGCUUGCCACAUCGGGAAAGACCUUCAUCUGUGAUCAACUAGUCUUCCCAAAAUCCUGCAGCAUGGCAGCGGUGAUACUUCAGGAAGAUGAUUCUGAGGGUCCAAGCAUAUGGUCCAGGUUCUCAUCACGGAAUUAAAGGAAGUGGUACACUGUACGUUAGGUGUCCUUUCAAUUCGUUCUUACUGUUGUUUCCUCCAGCCUUUGGACUCCUUGAUGCAAGGCUUGACGUCAUCAAUCAUUUCUCAAUAGAAAGGCUUUUUUAAUGCAAUAUCUUGCAAAAGUAUCAUUCAGAAAUAUACAGGAUUUUAAAUAGGCCUAAAAGCCACUCUGCAGGAGGAGGAGGUGUGAGGACUGAGGAACAAGCCUGGAGGAACGUAUUGAAAUGGACCCACAGGCACCACGUCUUUGUCCAAAAUGUUCACUCAUACUGUACACUGUGUAGUCCACUGCAUAGGCUGCACGUUGCAUUGUUUUGCUCCCUAAACAGUAGGCUGCAAAAUAUAGUGAUCAUAUUGGAUUAAGCCCAUGCCUCCUUCUCUCAGCUUUUGAGGGCAGGGGGUAAGUACUACUAAAGUGGUUUAAGUGAUGAACCUUGUUUAUUUACCCCAGAGGUGGUAGGAAACCUGAUUGAAGAAGAGCCAGUUGUAGUGUGUUUGUAACAGUGAGUAGUAAUUUUUUGUCAUUUGGGCCUGUCGUUUGUAAUUGGAAUUCUCAGUGAGAGAGCUUUAAAACACUCCACUUCUCCAAACGUCUUAAGUUCCAUUACAGCCCAUUUUUUGCAAAGACAUACGGUUAAAAAACUCACACAAUUGUUUUGAAAGAAUGAAGGCCUUUGUUCUUCUUUUAACAGGUUUUACCAACUACCUCUGGGUUGGUUGUCUUUGUAAGUGUCAAGCAAGCUCAGCUUCUUAAGGGUGCACCAGUACCCAUACAAAGAGAUGUUACUGACAGGAGCUCAUGUACCAAAGGCUGUACACCUAACAUCACCCUUUUCCCUCUCUCUAGUGCAGAAGAGCAAUCACUACACCUUGAAGACUGUUGUUGAUCCUCAUGCUAUUAAUUUCUACUGUGAAAUGCAUUUUGUUUUAGAUGACCUUUACUUUCCAUACUUAAACCACACUGUAAAUACUUGAGCAAACCGCCCUGGAUUUGUAAGAGGACAUUGAUGACAAAAAAACAAAAGCAAAAUAUUUUAAAUUCUAUUUUUUACGUUUGGUUUUGGACAAAAAUUUGCUUCUAAGAUGCCCUGUAUAACUUGGAGACUUGUACAGUUGAAUGUGUGGGGAAAGCUUUGUUACAUGUUGACUGUUAUGUUACGUGUUGAUUCCUGAAUUAAUUGUUGUGCACUGGAUUCUCUGCAUUUGAAACCGCUUUAUUUUGGACACCAACAUUUGAAUGAUGAAGUAUGUACUAUUGUAAAGGAUGUACCAUUUAUCUUGAAUGUAACGUAAUAAAAAAAAGUUGCUCCUAGACAAAAAAAAAAGCUUUACAUUCUUGAAACCACUCUUGUGGUGCAUAAUCACGGUAACAUUGCAGUCACUUCAAGACCUCUUCUUGUGUGGUGUAACUUGAGUUGUGUAUCAGUACAGUAACACUUUAAUUCUUGCAAGUUGAUGUAAAACACAACGCCAGAACUGAAAGAGCAUGGAAAAGCCCAUAUUUUGAUUUCCUUCUUCUUAGUCUGAAUUUAUUUUUUGUCACAAUUCCAGACUGUCAGUCCCAAGGCAGGCAGUCUUUUAGUCUUUGUCCUUCCAGUCCUCCAGUUUCUCCAAGGCUUCAGUCCUGUGCCAGUGGCGUGUGAGGGGUUUCCUUAAAGUUCAGUAUUUCAAACCCCAUCAAUCCAUCAUCCACUACCUCUGACAGUGGAGUAGAUGGAGUAGGCAUUCACUUUGGAUGAGGGGGAGGUGAAAAAAUAAAUCACAGAUAAUACAGAACAAUGAUUGAUUUUUAUAUACUGUACAAUUUUCAUUACAUGGCAUCUGAAAAGAUUUUGGAACAAGUUCAAAAUAAUUUAUUCUUUUUUCUAUGCAAUGAGCUACCACAAUCAUUUGUCACUUUUGCCAUUGGUGUGGUGUAGGGAGUUGGAAUCUGAUGGGGCAAAUUCUUGCCCAACACUGACAAAUCAUUUAAAUACGGCUCCAUAUACAAAGAAAAAAAUCAGUAUGAUAAGUACAUGUUUUACAAAAUGCUGUUUGUCUUGUCUUCACAUGAUCCAAACACCUUGAAUUGGUGAUGCACGCAGGUACCCAAGGAAUUGCACAAUACAAAGGCAUGGAGAAAAAAAAAAUCAAUCAAAACAUUAAAAUAGAUAUUGCAUCUUUAAAAGCUAACAGUUUUUUUUAACUCUUUCAUAAAUACUUCCUUUUGCAAUUCAAAUUGUUUUACUGUUUCAUCUUAUAACAGAAUCACAGAUUUAUUAAGUAGCCAAAGAGGCGAAUUCCAAUGAGUACUGUGUAAUGAAGAAAUAACCAGCAAUGACAUUCGUAGGCCACAUAUGUUACAGUACAACAUCAAAGGCCAAACAAGUUCUCCAUGAAGUGGUCCAGGCCAGCGCAAGGCCAUCCAGGAGUCCGUUUCUCGAUUCUUGCCUUUGCUAACCGUCUUAAGUCGGUCUUGAGUUGGUCGUAAGUUGCUCUUGAGUUGGUCUUAAGUUGGUCUUAAGUUGGUCUUCAGUUGGUCUUUAGACGCAAGACCAACUUAAGAAUAACUUAAGAACAACUUAAGAACAACUUAAGACCAACUCAAGACCUUGGUUACAACGUUGGUCUUAAGAACGAACAAAAUGGCUAAAGUCGUUAGCAAAGGCACUGUCGA